GACACCAUGGAUGUCGAUGAAAGCUCUUCAACUAAAACCGUGGAAUCAAAAGACAUCCCCAUUGAUGCCAAAUUCACCUCAGUCUUUCAGAGAUUCAAGUCCUCAACCACAAAUGUAGAGGAUGCCGAGUCUUCCUCCGAAGACGAAGAUGCCUUGACGGAGAAGCACGAUUUGGUGCCGUUACCCCAGCCAGAUUUACCCAGAGACCAACGAUUAUCGCGCAUCAACACCUCUAGCUUGGACUGGCUAGGGAAGGUGGACUUCGUGGACACCACCACCACCAAGCCGUUCGAUACGUACGCGCUCCACCCCACCUUGCUCCGUAACUUGGAGGCUGGUGGGUUCAGGAACGCCUUUUCGGUUCAGGUGGGUGUGUUGGACAAACUAUUACCGGAAAUCAAAACCAACCAGCUUGCACCAGACUCCCACGGAGAUUUGCUAGUGAACGCUUCCACCGGAUCUGGUAAAACGCUUGCCUACUCCAUUCCCCUUAUUCAGUCAUUAAGUAGCCGCAUUGUGCCGCGUCUCAGGGCCAUCGUUUUGGUUCCAACAAAGCCUUUGAUCAACCAGGUCCGUGCGACGUUGAGCGCGCUCGCGAAGGGGACAAACUUGCAUAUCGCCACGUUGAAGAACGACAUAUCGCUCAAGGAAGAGCAUGAGAAGUUGCUUGCCAACUGCCCAGAUAUCAUUGUGUCGACCCCCGGGAGAUUGGUCGAUCAUUUGACCAUGAAAUCUGUCGAUUUGGUGAGCUUGCAGUGGUUGGUCAUCGAUGAGGCCGAUAGAUUGUUGAACCAGUCGUUCCAGAACUGGGCGGAGACGUUAAUUUCCACCAUCGACCGCGACCAGGGGAAUAAAAACACAAUCACCAACAAAAAGUGGGUGCCACCCUUGACAAAAAUGAUCUUUUCCGCAACCCUCACCACCGAUGCCGGUAAGUUAACCGGCUUGAAGUUCCAGCAGCCACGGAUUUUGGUAGUCAACGACUCUCACGAGUUGGUGAACGAAAUGUUUACCGUGCCAAAGGCGUUGACUGAGUACACGGUGAGACUUUCGUCCUCAUCGCAGAUCGGGUUCAAGCCAUUGCUUCUCUUGAAGUUGUUGUAUUCCAACCCAAAGUUGAGGUCCAACGUGUUGGUCUUCACCAAGUCGAACGAAUCCUCCAUCAGAUUGACCCGUCUCUUGCAGAUCUUGGCCACAAAGCACUUCUCGUUCAGCGCUGGGCCGUUGAGCAUCCAGUACGUGAACUCGACAAUUUCCACCGCGGCACGGACCAAGAUUUUGGCCCAGUUUUCCGCCGGCACCGUGAACGUGUUGAUUGCGACAGAUUUAAUCGCCAGAGGGUUGGACAUUUCCACCAUUCGCUCCGUCGUCAACUACGAUUUACCCAAUUCCGCCAGGGAAUACGUCCACAGGGUCGGAAGAACUGCCAGAGCAAACCAGGAUGGUGACUCCUACUCGUUGCUCGUGGGUAACGGUGAGUUCAAAUGGUUUAUGAAGUUGAUGAGGGAUGUCGAGAGAUCCAAGGUGAUUGUCACCGCCGAGGAGGACAAGGAACGCGGGGUUGUGAUAGAAAAGGUGAACGAAACCGAAGAGGCUGUGUAUAAGGAGGCCUUGCAAGCGUUGGAGAGAGAAGUUUUCGAGAAG